AUGGCUAAUAAGGUGGAGAAAUGGAGAGAAGCUCUCACGCAGAUCGCUAGCUUAGUAGGCAAGGAUACUGCAACUUGUGAGGACGAGGCCAUGAUGAUUGACGAUAUUGUGGAAGGGAUAUCAAAGAAGUUGUUUGUUAUGCAGCCAGUAGAUUUCAGUGAUCUUGUUGGAAUGGAAAAUCACAUGGAACGGCUGAGUCCUCUCUUGUGUAUGGAGUCUGAAGAUGAGGUUCGUAUGGUAGGAAUCUGGGGAAUGGGAGGCAUUGGCAAAACCACCAUCGCAAGGUGUCUCUUUAACCGGUUCUCAAGGCUAUUUCCAUCUCGUUGUUUCAUUGAAAACGUUUCCAAGAUUUGUAGAGAGCAUGGCGUGUCGUCUCUACGCGAAAAGUUCAUUUCAACUACGCUCUGUACUCUCUCGGAGAAGUCGAGCGUAGAACUUGGACCACAGGAGAUUAAGGCGAGGUUUGAAAAUCUUAAAGUCUUUGCUGUCUUUGAUAACGUGGAUGACGUGAAACAUGUACAUGCCCUCGCUAAAGAUUUUGCCUGGUUGGGUCGAGGCAGCAGAAUCAUCAUAACAACACGGGACAAGGGGUUGCUCAAUUCAUGCGGAGUAAAAAUUGUAUAUGAAGUAAAGUGCUUGGAUAGUGAUGAUGCUCUUGAGAUGUUUAACCAGUUGGCUUUUGAAGGAGGGUUUCCCCCUACUAAUGUUUAUGAAAAAUUGUCGAUCCGAGCGUCUUGCCUCGCUCAAGGUCUUCCGGCCGCUAUUGAAGCUUAUGGUUUAUUUUUCCGAGGAGUGGAAUCUUAUAUGGAGUGGAAGGAUGCGUUAUGUAGAUUUAUAAGAGCUCCUAAUGAACAUGUCAUUGAGAUCUUGAAGAUUAGUUACAAUGGCUUAGAGGAAGCAGAUAGAAUUGUAUUUCUUCAUGUAGCGUGUCUCUUGAAGGGAGAGCCUCUCCGGCGUGCCACUACUCUUCUAGAUGAUGGUGAGCUACAGGGUUGUCUGAGUAUAAAAAUAUUGGCUGAGAAGUCUCUCAUUGAAAUCACAGCUGGUGGAUAUAUAAAGAUUCAUUCUUUAGUAGAUCAAACUUUAAAAGCAAUUCUGAAACAAGAAUCCAUGCAUAAGCAAGGGGGAGGAAGAGUCUUGUGGGAUCCUGAUGAAAUUUGUAAAGUGCUUAAACGUAACGGGACAAACGAUCCAACGGAAUGCAUGGCGCUACACAUGUGUGAUAUGGUUCAUGCGGUGCAUCUAAAUGUUUAUUCAAUAUAUCAGGACGACACUCUCAGAUUCCUCAAGGUAUACAAGCACCUGGACCAUAUGGAGACCAAGCUGCGUUUAGGUAGUAGCGAUGCAUAUCUACUUUCAUCAAGGCUAAGGUUACUACAUUGGGACGCAUUUCCCCUGACAACCUUCCCUCACCGAUUCCGUCCUCUAGACCUUGUUGAAAUCAGUUUACAUCGCAGCAAUCUCACGAGCUUCUGGAAAGAAACUGUGGGAAUGCGAAACUUGAGAAGAUUGGACUUAUCAGGCUCUGAAAAGCUGGAGGAACUUCCAGAUCUUUCAAUGGCCGUUAAUUUGGAGGAAUUAAUUACUCAAGGCUGCAAGAGACUGAAGAGAAUUCCAGAGUCCAUCAGUAACCUUACUAGGCUGACGAAGCUUGAUCUCUCUUACUGCGAUGAUCUCAGUAGCUACCACAUCACUAUAAGGGAAUUGGCAGCGCGCUGCCGUCAGAUUGCUUUGUAUUUCUCGGGCGAAGAAAUGGAAAUGGAGUCCAUUGAGAAUCUAUCCAUUGGAGGAAACAUACAUAUUCAGAUGUUGUGGCUUGAUGGCAACGCAGAUCACCUCUGUUUUAGUACUGAGCAACAAGCACCUGAUGAAUUAACAAAGAGGGAGCAGCAACAACCACCUAUGUCAGAGUUCCAUGGAUUUAAUUUGGUAGAGAUCAUCAGGUUCAACUACAAGAGUGUUGGUGCAAGUUUCCUCUGUUAUAGCCUUUCCAUGUUUCCCUUCUUGAAGGAGUUAAAUCUAAUCAACUUAAACAUCGAAGUGAUCCCAGAUGACGUAUGCGUCUUGAAAUCCCUACAGAAACUGGACUGGAGCGGCAAUGAUUUCGAGACUUUACCAGAAACCAUGAAUCAGCUUCCCAAGUUGAAACACGUCAGUCUUUGUAACUGUAGAAGACUUGAAGCGUUGCCAGAGUUAGUUCAGGUGGAGACAGUCAAACUCUCUGGCUGUAAGAACCUCCAAUCCUUGUUCAAAACAUCUCAUGCUGAAAAAGACUGGGACAGGUGGCAAUUGCGUGAGCUUUGGGUUGACAACUGCAACAUUCAGUCAAUUUCAGAGCAGCUUGGGAAUUUUAUCAAGCUAUCAUAUGUAGAUCUUAGCAGCAACGACUUUGAGACAUUGCCAUCAAGCAUGGGAAACCUUUCCUUUUUGAGAACUCUCUGCCUUAAUAAGUGCAAGAGACUCAAUAAGAUAGAAGGGUUCCCAUUGUGCCUCAAGUAUCUAUACGCACAUGGAUGUGAAUCCCUGGAAACUAUCUCCUUUCCUUUGAACCAUUCUGUAAAACACCUUGAUCUUAGCCAUUGCUUCUGUUUAAAACAUAAUGAACAUCCGAUCUCUCAGUUUCUUACCAAGGGACAAGACGAAGAGGAUUCACCAAGAUUCGCUUGCUUCCCUGGAACCGAGGUUUUGGUUAAAUGCAUAAUAGAUCAGGAUCCAAAACAACGGAUAGAUGAAUCAACCCUUACUUGGAGGGACGAGUUGGUAGACGAGAAAAUCGACUAUCUUCAGGAGCUAAUAGAGAAAGGUCAUAGGUUCACCAUAGGCACGUUCAAAGGUGGGGCAAGUAAAGCUGAUGUUGAGCAUAUGAAGGUCGAAGGAAAGGGUCAGGCUAAACAACGUAAAUCUAGAAAGAAAUCUUCAGCCACAGGAAACGCCGAGAGAGAGAAGGAGGAAAACAUUGUCAUUGGUAACCUCCAUGCAAGGGUAGUUUCAGUGGAGUCAAAACUGGAGGACGAAAAAUGUAACAUGGAAGAGUUGAAAUCAAAGUAUUCGCAAUUAGAGGAAACACUGACACGCACAUUCCAGGAGAAGUUUGAUCAAAUGAAGAAAGAUAUGGUGGAAAGUUUAAGUGGUGCUAUACGGGACGAAGUUAUAAGGCAGAUAAAAUCGUCUGAGUUGGAUUGCAACGUUGACAAGGGACCACGAAAUGAAUUUGAGGUGGAAGAGACAGAACAUGAGGCGGCUAUACGGAACGUGUUAGGGAACAUAGAACAAUACACAUUCCCGAGAGAAACAUCAAGAACGUGCGCUGGGAUUUACAGUUCCACCAACAGUGGUAACAAAAGCCCCCGAGGAGUGGAAGCGACUGGAAGAGGAUCUACUUCAUAUCAGAGCCACAAAAAUGACAGAGUAGAUGAGGUAUCUCAGUAUAAAGCAUUGGAAGAUGAGGAGGAAUUCAACGAACAAGAAGGAGUAGAUCAGAUAAAGAACCAAACAAUGGUUGGAGAUAAGGACGAUGCCGAAGACCGUUCCAAGCUUUUGCCAAAUGGAGAUAUGUGUACAAAUGUAGAGCUCGGCCAUAGAAAGGAAGGAGAUAUCAACAUGAACAGUGACGUAGAGGAGGACAACAUGAUACACGAGAUGCAGGAAGAAGUACCAAACAAUCAAGCAAACUCAGAUGGUUGUCAAAUGAACAGUGCGAAGAAUAUAGUCAGUCCAACAAAGGAAGGCAUGACGAACGCAUCAGGCCCCGUAAUCGAAGAUCCGUCGUUCUCAUUAGGACUAACGCAAGAAGAACUUGCAAAUGUUGAACAUGAAGAUAGCAGCAAUGAGAGAGAAGAUGAUGGUAUUGGUGUGACCAAUUUAUGCCGGAAAAGCAAGAGGCAGAGAACCAUACCACCUGUGUUGCUAACCGACUACCACUGUCCUCCUAUACUCGUAACCCGAGCAAGAGAGUCCCAGAAACGGCUGUUCGAUAUGGGAGAUUCAACAAUGACACUAAAGAAAUUUGAAGACCUUGAAAGCAAGCUAAAUAGGCACUUGAAAUAUCGCGAAUAG